UCCAGUGAAGCUCAACAAAACCUGGAGGACCAGCAGCUCGUCUUUCAUUUACAUAAAUUACAGCCUUCUGCACUCAAAGUUCAAUGAUUCCAACCCAUUUUGUUUCCCUUCUUCAAUUUAAAUUCCACCAUCUGCCGUGGCGGGAUACGAAUCCAGAUCUUGAGGAAGGAUCACCGGACCCGAAACGUUAACCCUGUUUCCUCCUCCACAGGUGCUGCCAGACCUGCUGAGCUUUUCCAGCAACUUUGUUUUUGUUGCAGCGAAAAUACCACUAGGCAAUUGCCUCCCCACGUCCGGAAGUAGCGCCAUUAAGCUUUCAUUUUAUUUCUGAUCUUCCUCAGAUGUAUAUGGAAGGGAGGGGUAAACAAGUUCCGCCAGAAAGUUGUCUGACUUGCUCCAAACUCAUGAUUGUAUGAGUGCAUUAUAUGUGACAAGUGGCGGAAGUAUGGGCCUUUUGUCUCUGUGUGUGCGUGUCUCUCUCUCUCUCUCUCUCUGUCGCUUUCUGAAGAAUUUCUCUUCUGUUUAUCGCUCGAACGAACGGACAGCGUUUGUUCUGAAUAGUUGAGACGAUCAUUGGGGCCGGGAGCAGAUCCCAUUGAGAGGUAUGGGAAAUGAACGGUCCGGCCACUAAGACCCAGCGGAACCAGCUGCGAGCACACGGCUUGACGCAGCAGUGUGAAUAAGAGCGGAGCGUGGCGAGAGCAUCAUCGGCAGCCAGAUCUCAUCGUGUCGGGAGCAACAAUUUAAAACCUCAAGGUUGAGGUGCUGAUUUCCUGAUCGGACGUUUCCAGGAAGCACUCACAAGGAACGUUGGCUGGGAAAUUGUCAGCCAAUUCGCCUUGGUUUUCUGCCCACAUGAAUUAAUGAAUGAAGAAAAAGGGGUCUGUCAGCCCACAUUUAAGUUAUCAAAGCUAGAGUUGCUCCUUCCAUUCUUCAAGGUGAUCGUGGCCCUGCUUUCUUCCUAAGAAAAUUGGUUGGGUUACUUGUGUUCGUUGUUUCAAGGAAGACCUAGGUUGUGACCUGAACCAUGGGAGUCAUUGUACAAGAUGAUAAGCCAGCAGGAGUCAAGGCCCCAGAUGGAGGCUGGGGCUGGGCCGUUCUCAUUGGAUGCUUUGUCAUCACUGGAUUCUCAUAUGCUUUUCCAAAAGCUGUUAGUGUUUUCUUCAAGGAGUUGAUUAAAGAGUUCCACAUUGGGUACAGCGAUACAGCUUGGAUCUCCUCCAUUCUUCUUGCUAUGUUAUAUGGAACAGGGCCUUUGUGCAGUAUUCUGGUGAAUCGCUUUGGCUGUCGUCCUGUUAUGAUGGUAGGAGGCCUGUUUGCAUCAGGAGGUAUGAUACUUGCCUCACUGUGCACCAGCAUCAUCCAGCUCUAUUUAACUGCUGGCGUUAUCACUGGUCUUGGUCUGGCCUUGAACUUUCAACCAUCUCUCAUCAUGGUAAACGUUUAUUUUAACAAGCGUCGCCCAUUGGCAAAUGGCUUGUCUGCAGCUGGGAGCCCCGUGUUCCUGUGUUGCCUCUCUCCAUUGGGCCAGAUCCUGUCUAAAGUUUAUGGAUGGCGAGGAGGUUUUCUCAUUCUUGGGGGUCUACUGCUGAACUGCUGUGCCUGUGCAGCCCUGAUGAGACCCCUGAAACCAAGCCGUAAAGAAAAGGAAAUGAUAGAACAAACAAAGGAAACAGAGAAGCAGAAGAAGAAAAAGAAACUUCUGGAUUUCACUGUCUUUAAGGAUCGAGGCUUCCUGAUAUACACCGUAGCUGCUUCCAUCAUGGUCUUCGGUCUCUUUGUUCCUCCUGUGUUCAUAGUCAACUAUGCAAAAGAUAUAGGAGUGCCAGACACAGAUGCUGCUUUCUUGUUGUCUAUCUUGGGUUUUGUUGAUAUAUUUGCUCGACCUCUUAGUGGCAUCCUUGCUGGGUUGAAGGUCAUCCGGCCUCGCUGUGUGUAUCUUUUCAGCUUUGCUAUGAUUUUCAAUGGAAUUACCGAUCUAGGAGGCUCCUUUGCUCGUGAUUAUGUUGGUCUGACGGUGUUUUGCAUUUUCUUUGGAAUGUCCUAUGGCAUGGUCGGAGCAUUGCAGUUUGAGGUCUUGAUGGCGAUCGUUGGAACUGAGAAGUUUUCCAGUGCCAUUGGGCUUGUAUUGCUGAUUGAAGCCAUGGCAGUCUUGGUUGGUCCUCCAGGAGCAGGAAAAUUAUUUGAUGCCACCAAGAAUUUCACGUAUGUUUUCUAUUUGGCUGGGUGUGAAGUAGUCCUGUCUGCCAUUGUACUGGCUCUUGGAAACUUCUUUUGUUUACGUAAAAGUAAACCUGAGUCACCUGUAAAAGAACAAAAGGAAAAUGUGGAAGAAGGGGAAAGACCAAAGGAACCAGAAGCAGUGGAUUCCAUAGAGGUGGAGCAAUUCUUAAAAGAUGAGACUGGAAAAAAUGGUGAAAUUUUACCCACACCAGAAACGAGUGUAUGAAGUUUUCAGUGAAGGAAGAAACAGAAUGUUUACAAAAGGUCAAGAGAAACAAGUUUGUGUAUUUAUUUAGAAAUGUGAGGAAUCUCCAUGUUUAAUGGUAAGAGUAGUCUAUUGUGCAGAAUAGUUUUGUGAUUUUGUUUUUGUUUAAAUUGCUGCCUUGCAUUCGUCAUUCAUGUGUGUCUUUCACAAAGAUGUUUUUCAAUGUAAAGGUAUCUGUUGAAAUUGUGGAGAUGCUUUAAGGACAUUCUGAAAAAUCAAAUCUACAGAUUGGAAUUCCACAAAAUAGGAAGGAUGUAGGUUGCACAAAGCAAUUUCAGUUAACAACACAAUUAAUGACAACAGUACAUCUGCAGUAUGGCUCACAGUAUUGGUCACCAAACGCUGGUUUCCAUAACUUAUGAGAGUGGCAGAUACUCACUUAGUGAAGCAGCAAGUGUUAAAAAAAUUUCUAAACGAGAACGUCAACACCGCAUCAGCUUUAGCUCCAUGUUAAUAUUACUUCCGAGUUUUAAAUGCAGACUUCCAUUGUUUAAAUUCAAUAACAAUUAAGAAAGUAAGCUUCAAGUAAGUAGGGAACUUAAAAGGUUAUGAAUAAAAACAAAGAUAGUAGGCACUGCUGAUGUUGGAGAAUCUGAGAUAACAUGGUGUGAGGCUGGAUGAUCACAGCAGGCCAAGCAGCAGAGGAGCAGGAAAGCUGACGUUUCCUUUCCUUUUCUGAAGAAGGGUCUAGGCCUGAAACGUCGGCCUUCUUGCUCCUCUGCUGCUGCUUGGCCUGCUGUGUUCCUCCAGCUUCGCACCGUGUUAUCUCAUGAAUAAAAACAAAGACUUUUUUCCCCCAAACUUGGUAGUUGUUGAUAUUGGCCUGAUGCCAAUUGAUCCACCAGUGAUUCAAAUAAUCUCAAACACAAAGCUGACACCUCGUACUGCAACCUGAAACUGACCUGUGAAGACUUUUUUUAAUUCCAGUUAUAUUUUUCCUAGUGUAUUAAAACAAUCAUUCUGUUUCUUACCAAAUCGUGUGUGUCUGACUAAAUAAUUGUUUUAAAUGGAUUCUUCAUUGGAAUUGUGGACAAGUGGCCUUUUUGUCCUAAAAAGAUUCCUACCUAUAGUGACCUGUAAAAUGCGGUACUCAACAGAUGGAGAGCUUGAAUCAAUGUUUCACUAUGGACUGUGUUCUGAAGCUUGAAUACACUGCAGUAUACUGUCAGUAAAAGCAAUUCUAACUUAAUUGAUUACAUUAUCAAGUAAACGUGAAGAUCCAUGCCUUUUACUAAUGUUCACAUACAGACAUCAAUUUUGUGAUAUCACUAUAUUCUGAGAAAGAAGACUGCUUUAUUUCUACUUGAAUUCACUUCAAUAGUGUUCUUGAUUUCUACAUAACUCCUAAUUAAACCUUUUCACUUUAUUUACCAAGAUUAGUGGUUAUGUUGCAACAGCUCAACAUAGCCAGGUUAUCAGUGCCCAAUCCCAAGAUUACUUCAUCUUUAAAUGUGGAUUCAAGGUGACCAAACCACCUUUUACAAAAACCCUUUCUAUUAGAUUGCUGAUGGAACUUAAAAAGGGUACAACGAGGUUCAUUAGUCACACAAUAAGGGAAAUGUUUUAAGUUUUGCACCAGCAAGCUUGUGUAUUUUAAACGUAUUAGCCAUAUGACAGACAGAAUUGUGUAUUGCCAAGGAAGAAACAAAUAGAUUGAAAAUACAAUCUUGGUGCGAUGACACAUGGUCUGAGGCUUACAGUUAGGUAUUUGCCUCAAACUGCUCCUCAAACUCCUGCUUAACUAAAAGAUGGAAAUUAAAGAAAGUCUGAUCCUAGGAUGAAGAUCUGAAAAGGCCUGAGAAUGCUUAAUAUUAUCCCCAUAUGUGCUAAUAAAUAGAUAAUUUCAGAGAUAAUGUAUAACAGAUUUCAAGACUUUAAAUAAUUCAGUGGGAUGUAAGACUGAUGGGAAUGAAUUUCUGGCAGUAAUUCACCCUGUCUAAUUUUAAUUUCUUUUAGCUUCAGUAUGUAAUGAUGAUGUGCCAUCUACCAUUUUGCACUUAUACUGAGGUUGAAUUUCAACUCCAUUCCAACCAAGUUCUUCUAAACUACUGCAUUGUCAGUAAUUGUAUUGUAGGCUUGACUAAAUGAUGAGAUGCAUUAAAUGAAAGUUAAGGAAAGGAUAAGAAAAUACUCUCAAUUGCCUUUGCUUGUCUGCAACAGAACCACUGUGGAAACCAUUAAAGUGCAUCUUUACCAGCAUGGAAGAAAGCUUAAGAUUUUAUAGAUGCAAAUACUUAGGAUAACAAAGGGUAGAUUUGAUUUUGGAUGAUUCUUAAUUGCUCUCUCUAAUGAACCAAUGCAUGAGGGUUUAGAUUUGCAACUUACCCAGGGAACCUAUUGAAUAUGUAUUUUAAUUGGUUUCAGGUUCUAUAAUGGACACUUGAUAUGCAAUACAGACUACUGCCUGGGCAUUAAGUCAAACCUAGCCCUUAGUGUCUCUUACACACUUUGAGGACUACCUGAACAUUUCAGCACUGUGUUCUUUUAAUACGAAGUGUCCAUGUAGAAAAUUUGAUAUAUUGAAAGCUAGUUUUUUUUAAGUACCUGUUUGUUUUUGUUAUCAUCCUGUCAUUCAUAACCAUCCCUUUUCUGCACAAACCUAGUGAAAACAUUCCAUUAAAUGAACUCAUCAAUUUUACUCCCAGCAUUUUCUUUUCUCUGAAUUUUAACAUUUUUUAAAUUUAAAAAGUCUAUGGUACUUUUUGCCAGUGAAGUUCUAUAGGAUCCUAUUCUACAGAUUGAAAAGUGUAUGCUUUUCAAGUUAGAUAUGUUGGUGCUUCAACUUUAGCAUGGUUGCAAAUCUAGUAUUACUAGAUUGUCCAUCUUGUUGCAUGUGGCAGUCUGUGGCUCCCAUUAAGGUUAAUAAAGGACAAUUGAGCAAUUCACGAUACGCUGUUGGUGUCUCCUACAAGCUCAGAUUUUACAGUCUUGUCACAUCCUGGCAUUUUUAAGUAUUGUACAAAUCAUAGGGUAGGGUCCCUGCCUCCUGAGCCAGAGGAUCUGGGGUUCAAGUCUCAUUUAAGGACUUGUGGCCGUGGAAGGGGUAUUUGUGACAUGGUCAAGAAAAAUGCAUGUGAACUAUAGGUAAUUAUGGAUUGCCUGCACAAAUCACAGAUGACAUAUUUAACAUAAACUGGUUCAAAAGGUCCUCUAUGUAUUGAUCAUCUUUAACUUGUUUUCUGAGUAAAACAGAAGAUCAGUUUUUGGAGAAGUGUAGUGUCUAGUCUGUUUGGUUUAUUUUGUGUACAUGGCUAGUCAUGCUGGAUGACAAUGUAGAUAAGUUUAAACCUGAGAGCAGUUUUCAGUUGUUAAUUAUUUUCUUAACAUCGCAGUUCUUGUGCCAGUGGAUUCCACCAUCCAAGUCUGAAAAUAAAAGCUUUCUACAGUGUUUGAAGGGGUUGAACCAGAUGAAGGGGACAAUGCCUAUUUGAUUCAAGUUGUGUCCCUUUAUAAGAAUAAUAGAAAGGUCAGAUUUGAUCUGCACUUUAAGAUAUGGGGCAGGCCAUUUUAUCAAACAGAUUUUCUUCUAUCACAUGUUAUUUCAUUAGUAGCAUGAGAGGUUAGCAGUAACCUAAGAUAGGUUGGUUGCUGACAGUCAGCCAACAAGUUAGAGGCCACAAUUAUUCCCUUUCUUCACAAGGUAUGGAAGGGAGGAGAAAAGGACUGAAAUAACAAUUGCCAGUCACUCUCUUGUGACCAUUGCAGGAAAUCUAUGUAUAUGAUGUCAUGGAGGUCUGUAGCACAGAAAAAGACCCUUCAGUUUAUUGAAACGGCGCCAAUCCAAUUCAACCACCUAUUUUAGUCCUACUUUCUAGCACUUGGCCGAUACCCCUGUACGCCUAGGCAUCACAAGUAUAUCUCUAAAUACUUUCUAAUAUGUUAUGAAGGUUUCUGCCUUACCACCCUUACAGGCAGUGAGUUCUAGAUUCCCACCAUCCUCCUGGGUAGAAAAACCGAGUUUCCUCAUGUUCUGUCUAAUUCUCACUACACCUUACUGUAAAUUGGUGCCCCCUGGUUAUUGAUCCAUUCACUAAGGGGAAAAGUUUCUUCCUGUCUAUGCUGCUCCUAAUUUCAGAUCUCAAACAUGCCCCCUCCCAUUCUUCUGUACUCCAAGGAAAACAGCCUCAGUUUAUCCAAUCUCUUAGAGAUCAUGGCAGAAUCAGACUCUGCAAGUUGCCCUUUUCAAUCUGAGCCUUUAGACUCUGCCUGAGCUGUUACAGGUACUGUACUGUACCCCAGGGAAAAGGCAUUUUCAGGGUAGGAAGAAGAAGAUGUGAGAGGACUGGGGUUACAGCAAUAUUCUUGUUCACUUCAUGGAAGGUGAAGAGAAAUAUCUCCCACUGUAAUCUCCCAUAAAGAAAGUGUCAGGAGUGUUGUGUUGGACGUGUAUUAUGAACAUGCUAAGAUGAGUUAUGUCUCUUUUUGUUUCCUAUUUAAAGUAAAAUAGAAAAUAGAAUCUACUUUUUAACAUUUUACAUAAACUAGACAAUGGAAAAUACGUAAAUUUGCAAAGGACAUGAUGUCCUCAAAGGUUUGACGCAACUGUUCAGAAAAUCUCAUUGAGAUAAAAAGUAACUAUUCCAUUUGAAUGCUGGGAGUUUCAUUACAUUCAAAAUAUUUUUAUAAUGCAAAGUUUUACCAUGUGUGAGUAAUUGUCAUUAACACAGAUACUGGCCUUUUUAACCUCAAGGAGGUAGCUAACCAAACACUUCAAAUUUGAUGUCUGUCUGUAAACUCAAUGAAUCUGUCGCUCUGUGUAUUAAUGUCCAAUCUAAUUGUGUCAUGUGGCAGCAAUUUUUUUGCCAUGUUCCAGCUAACAAAUUUAAAGGCGGAUCCAGUUACUUCAGAGAUUUUAAUCGCGUAAAUGUAUUUCUGAUGGCUUUAUUGUUAAGCCUAAAGGUUGAUUGACUGAGCUGUUACUGCUUUGAGCCUGUGGUCUAUACCUUAAUUAGACCAGACAUUUUUUUUGCAAUAGAGGUUUAUGGUUUCAAUAUGGUAUUUCCAAGCCAAGUCUUUAAGAAAUGUCACAAAGAACAACUUCUGUAAAAUGGUACAAAUUGGAGUGGGCAAGUAUGGUUUGGCUUCUAUGCACAAGAAAAACUUCCUAAAUUGCGGAAUAUGUUUACAUGCUCUUAUUCAGUAGCAAAUAUCCCACUUAAUGAUUUUACCCUUGAUGGUUCUGAUCAGGAGCACUGUGCUAAAUCUAAAUGUGUACACCACUUUUUUUUUUCAGGCUCAGGAUGUUUUUUCAAACUAAUGAAAUGUCAGAACUGGGACUACUCCGUAUAAUCAAAAAAACCUGGAACUUGUGAAUUUGCUGUGUUUUGUGUGUGUGUAUGUGUGGUGGGUAUGUGUGCACGCGUUUCUGUAUGUGUGUGUGUGCAUAUAACCAAGAAAUGAUGUCACUUUUUGUUCAGGAAUUAUGAAUGCUUGCUUGACCACAAGUAAUUAUUUGGAAACUGUACUAAAAAAAAUUGGUACUGUUCUACUCAAAACCCACAGAGAUCACAUUUUGCUUCAGAUUGCAGCUUUGUUCUAUCUUAAUGGUUUGAUCUAAUUGGGUUUUCACUGUUUUAUCUGAUUCGUGGACUUACUGUUAUCUUUGCUGAAGUAUUGCUAUUUUUUGAAGUUUGAAGUGCUCCAAGUUCUAUAUUUGUAGUUAUAUAUACAUGGUAGAUUUGGAUAAAAAAUAUAUACAUAGAAA